AUGCGCGCGGUCAGGCCUUCUAAGCCCUUGGCCCUCAUUUUGGUCUCGGCACUCCCUGCCCAUCUCCAGCUCCCGUCCUCCGCCGCGUCCUCCUUUUACUUUCUGUUCCAGUUCCCUCCUAAUGGUCUGCUUAUCAUUUCAGAUUCUGAGACCAGGAGUAAGAUAAAAGAUUGGAAGUCAAAGAUGGUAAUUUCAGAAGAAAAAAAUUCAGCAAGGACUGUAUCAGAAAGACUCCAAAGACAAAUCUCCCAGGAAUAUAGGUUAUUUGAAAUCAAUGAUCCUGAGGACAGGUUAUUGAGGUAUUGGGUAAGCUCCUUAGAUGAUGCAGUGAGACAUCCCUCUUCCCAAGAGAGAGGUAUCAGGGAAGUGAAUGUGAUCCCCAAAAAAACCAUUGCAGGAGAGAAAGGCCAUGGAUGUAAGGGAAGAGAUAAAUUCCUUUCUGCAGAAGAAAGAUCCCACAGAUAUGAAAACUGUGGUCAGAGCUUCAAACAGAAGUCAGAAAUAACUGAACAUCAGAAAAUUGAUAAUGUAAAGAAAACCUAUGAAUGUAAGUAAUGUGGAAAAACUUUCAAUCGAAGCUCAAACCUGAUUAUACAUCAGAGAAUUCAUACAGGAAAGAAACCAUAUGUAUGUAGUGCAUGUGGAAAAGACUUUAAUCAAAGUUCAAAUCUUAUUAUACAUCAGAGAAUUCAUACAGGAAAGAAACCUUAUAUAUGUCAUGAAUGUGGAAGAGACUUCAAUCAGAGCUCCAACCUGGUUCGACAUAAGAGAAUUCAUAAUGGUGAGAAUCCCUAUGAAUGUAAAGAGUGUGGGAAGGCCUUCAAGGGGAGAUCAAACCUUGUCCUGCACCAGAGAAUUCACACUGGAGAAAAGCCAUAUGUAUGCAAUGAAUGUGGGAAGGCCUUCAAUCAAAGCUCAGAUCUUAUUAUUCAUCACAGAACUCACACUGGAGAGAAACCAUAUGAAUGUUAUGAAUGUGGACAGACUUUCAGUCAAAGCUCACACCUGGUCGCACAUCAGAGACUUCAUACUGUAGAGAAACCCUUCAAGUGCAGCAACUGUGAAAAGACCUUUAGGCAGCGUUCCCACCUCACUGAACACCAGAGACUCCACAAUGGGGAGAGACUCUAUGAAUGUUGCAAAUGUGGGAAAUCCUUCAGUGGACGCAUGGCCUUUCUGAAACAUCAGAGGCUACACACUGGAAAGGAACUUGAAUGUGAAAAAGCCUGUACUUCUAACUUGGAUCUUAUCCAACAACAGAGAAUGCACAGGGAAGAAAAAUCUUAUGAAUGUACUAAGUGUGGAAAAUCUUUCCGGGGAAGUUCAGAUCUAAUUCGGCAUUGGAUAACUCACACUGGAGAGAAAACCUAUGAAUGCAGUGAAUGUGGGAAAGCCUUUAGCCAGAGGUUGCACCUCAUGACACAUCAGAAAAUUCACACUGUAGAGAAACCCUAUCAGUGCAAUGAAUGUGGGAAAGCCUUCCGGCAACAUUUGCUCCUCAUCCAGCAUCACAGAAUCCACAGUGGUGAGAAACCUUAUGAAUGUAAGGAAUGCAAAAAAGCCUUCAUCUGGCGCACAGCUUUUCUCAAGCAUCAGAGACUUCAUACUGGAGGGAAACUUAAGGAAGUUGGGAAAACAUUCAGCAAGGAAAAAUUACUUAGAGAAGAGCAGAGAAUUCACCAAGAAGAGAAAGCUUAUCAGUGCAGUCAGUGUGGUAGAACUUUUCGAGGCAGCUCAGACCUCACCUGACAUCAGGUAACUCACUCAGGAGAGAAACCCUAUGAAUGUAAGGAAUGUGGGAAAACUUUCAAUCAGAGCUCAGACCUUAUGAAACAUCGCAGAAUUCAUAGUGUAGAAAAACCUUAUGUGUGUAAUAAAUGUGGGAAAUCUUUUAGAGACAGCUCAGAUCUCAUUAAACACCACCGUGUUCACACUGGCAAGAAACCUUAUGAAUGCCCUGAGUGUGAGAAGGCCUUCUGCCAGAACUCACACCUUAUUAGUCACCAAAGAAUUCACACUGGAGAGAAAGCCUUUGAAUGUAGCCACUGUGGGAAGGCCUUCAGCAGGCACACAGCUUUUCUUGAUCAUCAGAAACUUCACACUGGAAAGGAGUUUGGGGAACACAAGAACCAUAAAUGCAGUGAAUGUGGUAAAGCCUUCAUUUAUAACUCACACCUUAUCAUCCACCAGAGAAUUCAUUCAGGAGAGAAAAUCUAUAAGUACAGUGACUGUGGGAAAAUGUUCAACCAGAGUUCAGACCUCAUUCAGCAUCAGAGAAUUCAUACAGGAGAGAAACCCUACAAGCGCUAUGCCUGUGGGAAGUCCUUCAGGUGGAGUGCUCAUCUUGUUCAGCAUCAGAGGAUUCAUUCGGGGGAGAAGCCCUACAAGUGUAAUGAGUGUGGGAAAGCCUUCAGUCAAAGCUCCUGUCUAAGUCAGCGUCUGAGAAUCCACGGUGGCAAGAAACCUGUCAUCUGUAAAGAAUGUGGGAAAGCCUACAGAUGGAGUUCCAAGCUUAUCAGACACCAAAGAGUUCAUGCCACAUGAGAAGAGCCUUCCACAUGGCAGUCCAUGUGGGUGAGAAAGUCUCCAGGCAGAGUUGUACUUUUGUCUAAUCAGUGUUAGGACUAGAUUCCAUAAAAGUUAUAAGCGCCUUAAGAUUUUUCCCGUGUCUUUCUUGAUUUAGGAAAAACUGUUACCUAGUCCUACUACCUGCAGGUCAUCAUUUCACACCCUCUGUUUGAGAUGACUGUAUCAAGUAGCAUACCUUUGGCUUCAAGUAACAGCCAACAUGCCAACUUCAUUAGAGUUCUGGGUCCGGCACAGAGCUGCUGUGCAGGUAAUGGCCAUCCUAUAUUAGUAUUCUUAUGAAUGGGUCUUUGGUCCUGGCUCUUCCUCAGCCCCACAGUAAUCUGCCUAUUGGGACAGGAUCCCAUCUACAGCUGUCCAACCAUGAGACAGAAACCACACUUGUUAUUUGAGCAGGGAAAGUUUAAUAUAAAGAAGUAUUAACUAGUCAAGGGGAAUGAUCUAUUAAAGGAGAUAAAGAGAUCUUAAGAAUAUAGGACCAGGAGCAUGGGGAACAGCUAUUACCUCUAGGGAGAGCCACACACAAAUAGCCCAGGACUCUGGACUGGUGUGGCUGCUCUAGUGGUGGGUGAGAGCUGGUCUGUAGAGGCAUGCAACAGUCAGUUUGCACCUUUUCACCAGCCUGCAUUGAAGUUGGUGAUGGUGGGAGUUUACUGUGGAAGUCAGGACUUUAUUAAAAAAACAAACAAA